UUCAGUGAUGGCGCGGGAGGCGCCGAGGACAGCGGUGCUUAUGGUCGCGGCCGUCGUCGCCGUUCUCCUGCCGGACGCCGCCGAGCCCCGCAUCCUCCUCACGCUCAACGACUUCGGCGCCGUCGGCGACGGCGUCGCUGACGACACCAAGGCCUUCGCCGGCGCCUGGACGGCCGCGUGCGCCGCCGCCGACAAUGUCAUCCUCAACGUGCCCUCCGGCAAGACCUUCCGGAUCUGGCCGCUCACGCUCGUCGGGCCCUGCAGCAGCGAGAUCAAGCUGCUCAUUUCCGGGAACAUCGUUGCGCCGGAGAGCCCGAGCGACUGGGGGCCCGGCGACCGCAGACAGUGGCUCCACUUCCACAAGGUCCAGGACCUGAAGGUGACCGGCGGCGGCAUCAUCGACGGCAGGGGGCAGCAGUGGUGGGCGCGGUCAUCGUGCGAGGAGAAGAAGAAUCGCACAGCGCAGCCUGCUCCCAAGGCGGUUCACUUUGAGGACUGCCACGGGAUCAGCGUGAAGGGCAUCACGCUGCAGAACAGCCAGCAGUACCACCUGACGUUCACCCGGAGCUCCAAUGUCGAGGCCAAUUACCUGAGGGUGACCUCGCCGGAGGACAGCAUCGACACCAAAGGCAUCCACCUGGUCGACUCGAAAAAUGUUCACGUCAUGGAUAACCUUAUCUCCACAGGUGACGAUUGUGUCUCGAUAGUGGGCAACUGCACUGAUGUUCGCCUAAGAGCCAUCUCAUGUGGUCCUGGCCAUGGUAUCAGCAUUGGAACCUUAGGAGUAAACGGCUCUGUUGAUUAUGUGGAGAAGAUCAAGGUUGACACCUUGUUCAUCUCAAACGCCGAGAAUGGUGUACGCGUAAAGACCACCAAGAAUGGUGUUGGUGGUUUCGCCCGCAAGGUGAAGUUCGAGAGCAUAGUGAUGAGGAACGUUACUAACCCCAUCAUCAUCGAUCAGGGAAACUCCGACGAUCCGGCAGAUUCAUCUGAAGCACCGGUACAUCAGACUGCUGCGACAGCCGUGCAGGUAGAGAAGAUCAACUACAUCGACAUCAGGGGAACGUCGGCGUCGGAGCACGCGGUCACGUUCUCGUGCAGCGACGCCAAGCCGUGCAGGCACCUGUCACUCACCAACGUGAACCUGACCCGGGUGGACGGGCGCAAGGCGUCGUCCUACUGCCGAAAGGCGUUCGGGAAAAGCACCGGCACCGUCAUCCCAGAGUCCUGCCUCACCAAGGAGGACUUCGUCCACCACGUCCCACGGCACUCUGAAGAAGACGAAGAAGAAGAUUCAGAUUCGUGAAUUCCUGGUGCUUGGCCAGUUAAUGUUGCUCUAAGAUCUCCAGAGGAGUAGUUGCUGCUUUGGAUAUUGGAACUAGGUGUCCGUUCUUUUUCCUAGCCCAAGCUAGCCAUCUAGUGCAGAUAUCUGUGUGAACUGAAGAGCCGUGUCGCUGCUAAGUUUGGCUUUCUGUAAUCGGAUACGCUUUCAGCUAAGAUUGCUUAUCUUUCUGUGAUUAAA